CGAGCAAUGCUUGUUAAAAUAAGUAAUAAAUUAGAGCCUCCAGAACUUAAGACCUUGAUAUAUUAUACUCAAAUUAAACGAAAAUUAGCAGAGACCAUACAAAAUGCGACGGAUCUGUUUAAAAUACUAGAGGAAAGACAGGAUUUAAAACCAAAUGACUUGAGAUAUUUUAGACAGAUAAUAGUAGAUACAUUAGACACCCGAAAAGAUUUGUUAAAAAUUAUUGAUGAUUAUGUGAGAGACAAUGAAAUUGGUGGAAGACCUGAUACAGAGAGCUCAGAUUAUCUUGGAGGCUUACAGGAAGAAAAAGAUUUUUUAGCUAAAAAUUAUGGAAAAGGGUGGAAAUUUUUUAUAAGAAGGUUGAGUUUGUCAGAAGGUGAUAUAGAACAUAUCGAGGCAAAAAAUAAAGGAAACCAAAAAGAAGCAAUAAAUGAGUGUAUUCAGUUCUGGUUAAAUCAACAGCAGGAUAAUGCUUCCAGAGAAAAAAUUAUUCGGGCAUUG